AUGACACAGUCCUUAAUCCUGAAGUUGAUGGUGACAGCCAAGGUGGAUUGGGAUCGUCGUCGUACGGAUCAUAUGCAACAACAUAGCGGUCAACAUCUUCUUUCUGCUGUGCUCGAACAAGAACCCUUUGGCGUUGAAAUAGGAUCAUGGUACAUGGGUGCUACUCGUUCUUUUACUGAAUCGGAGACGCGUCAAACCGAAAAAGUGACCGAUUAUGCCGAGUCCAUGUUUCAGAUAUCCAAACAACUCACUGCAUUGCUAUCGGGUACACCAGAGACUUUUGUGGAGAAUGUUGCUCGUCUACAGCACCAACAUGAAAGCUGCCAAGCGAUGGAGGGUGAUUUGGCAGGUCACGUGGCAACGGAUUUGGGCUAUGAAUUAGCGUCUCGUGAUACAGUGGAGCCACAUUGCGAAUGCGUUGAAGGAUAA